GUCGAGCCUUUAAACUGUGAUCGGCAGGAAAUUUUUUGAUAGAGCGAAUAUAUUACCAGGAGUGUCUGCGGAAUAUUAAAUGGCUUAUGCUUGUGACAUGAUCCGUCCUUUGUAUAUGCAUGCGCAAUAUUUAUGUCGAGGAAUUAUUGGGCAAACCUGUGCAGGUCGAGCUCUCUGCCGAGACUGGACUUGACGUGGCACUGGAUGCGCUCGUUGACCUGGGAAAUGCGACGCAAGAAUUAUCUGCCAAAACCGAAUCUUUGCUCAGGGAGAGUGAGAGAGCUUACGAACUCGGAUUGGAAUUGAGUAGGGAAACGAACAAGAUACGGCGAGACUUGGAAGGUGCGGUGAGAGCAUGCUCGGGUCCAGAUCGUUCUCUUUGUGCUGUCAUUGACUCUUCGGGGAUUCGCCUGGAUCUACGGAUAGAACGGCUAUUGAGGGACGAUCGUCUUUUGCGUUUACGAAGCACCAGUCGGGAAAAUUUGACGGAAGCAGGACGUCAGGCUCGCGGGGAGUAUCUCCAUGUACCGCAUCACAUUGCCAGGACCACGCUGGAUGCUCGCAACCAGAUUCGACGCGAGAUCAAUGCAGCACGUGCCAGGAUUGUCGAUCAAACACGCACUGUAGAGAACAGUUUUGAACUCUCAAAGCAGCUUAUAGACUCUGUAAGGAACAUCACGGAUUACGUUGUACCUCAUGUUAUCGCUUUCGAACAUAUCAGAUGGAUCAUUGGAACAGCCAGUGCUCUGUGUAUUUUACCAAUUCUUUCGUUACUGAUUGGAGCUUUGUGCUGUCGCUGCGGAUCAUCCGAAAAUAAAGUGCGUCCAACUCUUUUGUGUGGUGUAGUUACAAGCUGUUUCGUCUCGAUUACACUAUGGACAGUGUUCAUCAUCGCUUUGGGUAUCGCUAGUCAUACAGAAAUGUUGAUAUGUCGACCGCUAUACGAUCCUAACUAUCAUACUAUGGAAGUUGUGCUGGAAACUCGAAUGUUUUUAGGAAGAAGGCUCGCAUUUCCUCUCAAGGAGCUCUUUGAAAAAUGUCGAAACAAUGAAGCAGCUUAUCCCGCCUUAGGGUUGGAAAACGCGAUGAAACUGGAAUAUUUGACUGCACAUUGGGCAUGGCCAGGCCUGUCUAGAGCAAUCUCAAAUGUUAAAGUCGAUUUGAAAGGCCUACAAAUAUUAACGCCAAAUUUACGACAACGUCUUCAGGAUCUCUUAUACGCCUGUGGUUUGAACCUCACCGCGCAUAGAAUUAUGAUUCAAGGUCCGAUUCUGAGUAAAGAUAUAAGUACAUUGUCGGAUCAACUGGACAAUAUAUCCCGUCAGCUGCAAGAUCGAAGUAUUGCCAGGGAACUGCAAAGCAUUGGAAUAACAAUGCGGGAUCUGACAUUGCGACAAGUGAAACCGCUAAUGAAGUUACAGGACGAUCUGAUCUAUCGUCUUGCAGUUCUAGAAUUGCAGGUGCAACCUCUUUGGCGUCAAGUCAAUCAAUCAAUCUCGCAUCUAAGGACGAUACAAUAUUACAUAGAUCAUCAGGGAGAGAAGAUUGCUCAAUUAAAAAUAAAGUCGUAUGUGGACCGACUAUCGAAUUAUCUAGAUCAAUGGCGAACUCACGUAUUCUCUGAAAUGAAUACGGAAAUAUCCAAAUGUCGACCCUUGUGGGACGUUUUAGAAGGAUUAAGAUAUUUACUAUGUGCUCACAUUUUAAGCCCUUUUGACGGUUUCUGGCUUGCUACGUUGAUAGGCGCAAUUGUUAUGAUAAUUAGCACACCAACAGCUCAUAUUUUGUCACUAGUAUACAAGAAAUCAUCUAGUUUUGUAGAAGAUGCUACCCUACUGUCAACAAGAGCAGAAAGUCUCAACACGGAUGACGACAGAACGUGGCAGAUGCCAGAUCCACCGCCGCCGCCACAAAGCAAUUGGUAACAAACGAGGGCGAAGGACGAUGACCUCGCGUUGCAGGCAGACUCAGAAAG